AUGAACACCACUUCAUCGCCGGUCACACCAACCCAUGCAGUGAUCAAUGGCACGGAUCUGCUCGAAGACCGACACGAGGAACAGCUCAGGAGUGAUGAGAAGAUAUGUCUGGCAUUCAAUCAGCACAACAAACACGUGUCCAGCGAUGAGCACCGCAAGAGAUUGCCAGUCAAUCGGUUCCGCGACGAAAUCGAGUACUUAAUGACUAAAUACCAGACACUCGUCAUCGUCGGUGAGACCGGGUGUGGAAAGUCGACACAAUUGCCACAAAUAGUCGCACAGAUAUGUCACCAAUGGAUGGGCACCGACACCACUACAGCCACCACAACCCCCACCACUGAUCACAAGCACCCGAUGGUAGCCAUCACUGAACCGCGAAGAGUAGCCGCCGUCUCAUUGGCCGCACGCGUAGCUCAAGAGAUGUCUGUGGAGUUGGGCCGUGAGGUCGGGUACGCCAUCGGCUUCGAGGACUGUGUGGACAGACAGCGGACACGGAUUAAGUUCGUGACGGAAGGCAUACUCGUCAACGAACUCAUGAGCGACCCUCUGGUGACCAGUUAUGGCGCGAUUAUCGUUGACGAGGCGCACGAGCGGACACUCAAUACGGAUAUACUGUUAGCGCUGCUCAAGAAAAUCCUACGAAAACGGCCGGCGCUGCGACUCGUGGUCUCCUCGGCUACCAUCGAGUGUCAGCUCAUGAAAGAGUACUUCAAUUUCAACGCAUCCAGCGAUCGCUCGGCGGACACGUCGACCGUACUAUGUCUGGACGGCCGGUGCCAUCCGGUCGACGUGUACUACAGUCGAGCGCCUGUCGCCGACUACGUGAAAGAGUCGGUGCAAACGGUGAUCAAAAUCCACGAGCGCUACCAAUUCGGUGAUAUCCUUGUAUUCCUCACCGGUAUGGAAGAGGUGGACGCCUGCGUCUCAACGCUUAAGGACUACGCCCGGAGUUUGCGCGAAAAGCAGACCCCAGGCCUCCGGAAGCUGUAUGUCCUUCCGAUGUACGCCUCCCUCCCGGCCACGGAUCAGAUGCGAGUGUUCGACACGUUUGGCAAAAGUGUGCGCAAAGUGAUUGUCGCCACCAAUAUAGCCGAGAUCUCCCUCACCAUACCGGGCGUCUCAUUCAUCGUGGACUCCGGGUUCGUGAAAAUGCGUUUCUAUAACCCGCGCACCUGUACGGACAGCCUGGUGGUGGUGCCCACGAGUCAGGCCUCCGCGCAGCAACGGGCCGGUAGGGCGGGUCGCGAGAGGGCCGGCAACGCGUUCCGACUCUACACGGAACAGGCGUUCCAGGAGUUGACACCCUUUACCACACCGGAGAUCCAGAGGAGUUGUUUGGCGCUAACGAUACUACAACUCAAAGCCCUGGGCGUCAACAAUAUCGCCAAAUUCGAGUUCAUAUCCCCGCCCCCUGAGCGCCACGUGGUGUCAGCCCUGGACCUACUGUACGCGUUGGGCGCCAUUGGCGAUACCGGUGCUCUCACCCAACCACUAGGCCUACAAAUGGCUGAGUUUCCGCUGCACCCGAUGUUCGCCAAAAUGCUGUUAUCGUCGCCGGGGUUCGGGUGUAGCGUCGAAGCGCUGACUAUAUGCGCGGUACUACAGGUGCACAACAUAUGGCAACAGCCGGGCGGCGGUCAGCGGGCACUGCAGGCCAGGCGUGCGAAACACGAGCUGAGCGUCGAGGAGGGCGACCUCAUCGCGUACCUCAACGUCUAUAACCUGUUCGUGAAGGCCGACAAAGUGAGGUCGUGGGCGGACAGGCAUUACCUCAACUACAAGGCCCUCGUGAGGGCGGUGGAGGUGCGGCACCGGUUGGAGUCCGUGAUGAACCGGUUCCGUAUGCGGUGGCGAUCGGCCGGCGAUGAUGUCGACGCCGUGCGCCGCUGUAUAGUCGCCGGGUUUUUCGCGAACGCCGCCUAUUUGGACCCCUCCGGCAACUACCGUACCGUUCGGGGCGACCACGAGCUCCAUAUACACCCGCAGUCGGUGCUGUAUACGCGGCCCCGACCCCCGAAAUGGGUAGUCUUUCACGAGGUGUUGCACACGAGUCAGCAGUUUAUGCGAGACGUGACCCCCAUUGACCCUAAAUGGCUGACAGAGUUGGCGCCCCAUUACUACCAGUGCGGUACGGACAGGGAGAUCAUGGAAAGUAAGCUCACGAACAACACGUGAUUUUUGACUGUAAUUAACUGUAAAUUAAAUUAUUUUUUAAACUCAUUUUGUAAAUAAAAACCGACGAUUAGUCUAAUAAAAUAGUCUAUAAA